AUGGCAUCUGCCCUCAACAGCAAAAUCCACCCACCGGGAACCUGCGCGAGCUCCAAAGCCGACACCCGGGCUGGCUCCGGGUGGAGAAUGGACUGUGAUCCUGAGAUGCACGUGAAAAUGUGCAAGAAGAUUGCUCAGCUCACCAAGGUGAUUUAUGCCCUGAAUACCCGCCAGGAUGAGGCAGAGGCCAGUGCUGAGUCACUACGGGAAGCCUACCAGGAAGAGCUCCAGGACGCAGUGGCUGAAACCAGGGCCAGACUCCUGCAGGAGCAGGGCUACACCAGUGAAGAUGCAGAGACCCUUCUGGAGCGCAUCCACACCCUGGAGAGCGCCUUGGAGCUGCAGAAGAGGCUGACGCAGGAGGCCCUGGCUGAGUCAGCCUCCUGUAAGUUAGAAACCAAAGAAAGGGAGCUGCGGGUGGAGGCUGAGCAUGCUGAACGGGUCCUGAUACUUUCCAAGGAGAUGCUGGAGCUCAAGGCUGAUUAUGAGAAGAGGUUCCAGCUGCUGACUAGCCAUGAGGGACCACAGUGGGGCCAGCUAUCCCAAGAGAGCCCUGAUGCCACCACAGCAGAGUCUGGCCAGCGACCGGAGAUGCACCAAGUCCUGUUGGAAGUGGAGCGCUUGCGAGCUGAAAACCAGCAGCUGAGCCAGGAUUAUGCCCGCAAAGCAGAGGAGCUUCAGGCCACCUAUGAGCGGGAAAACGAGGCCAUCCGGCAGGCCAUGCAGCAGUCGGUCAGCGAGGCCCUGUGGCAGUGGCAGGAGAAAGAAUCAGGCCUUCGAAAGAACUUCCAGGUCCAGGAGUCGGCCCUGCAGGCUCGCGUCAGGAAGCUGGAAGGGGACGUGGAGCACAGAGGGCGCAAGAUAAGUGACCUGAAGAAGUAUGCCCAGAAGCUGAAAGAAAGGAUUCAGGACCUGGAUGCCCAGCUGAGGGAGGCUCGGCGGGAGAAUUCAGAGCUGAAGAGCACCGCAAGAAAACUCAGCGAGAAGUUGGCUGUUGCCAAAGACAGAUUGAUGCUACAGGAGUGUCAUACGACAGGGAAAACUGAUAACAUGAAGACUGAGAACGAAGCCCCAAGGAAAACAAACUACCUGGAAGCCUGCGAUCCUCAUCCUCAGCAGGACCAAGGCUUUCCCAAGUUGUGCUACUGCAGUAGAAGAGGCUCAGAAACACAGGUAGUCAAGAAAGAAGCAAGUGGCGAACUAGAACGCGUGAAGCAGAAAUACGAAGAAGGCCUUCGUGAAGUCAGACAUCAGACCGAAGAGGAGAAGCAAGAGCUCCGAGAGCAGCUAGGGAAGCGCCUGGAAGAGCUGGUGGAGAAACACACGGUGGAAAUGAAGUCGCUGCGCUCGACUGUGGAAGUGGAGAGAAAGAAGCUGAAGGAAAUGGAAGCUCGGUUGGAAGAAGUAAAGACAAAAUCAGAAAGGGAAAUAAAGCAGCUGGAAGAUGAGAAAGCUGCCCUCAGUGUGAAGCUUCAGAGUUCUCUACUGGAGGAUCCAUGCUCAACGCCAAAGGAACCUUCCCAGAUACUGCCCAGAGAGGAGGACCCAGAGAAGCUGACAGCUGAAGAAGGAACCAGCAGCGAUGAAGAAGAGAGCUGCAGGAUUGGAGAAUCCCUCAAGGAAGGAAGUGACCUGAAACCUCCACUGGGCUCUGUGCUAAAGGAGAAGGCAGUGGAGAUUGGAUAUCAACCAGAGGAAUGGCAAAGCCAAAAGGCCAAGCUACAAAUCCAGACCACAGAGGAGCCACUGAAGAAGGAGUCCAGUCACUGCCUCCAGGUCCAACGCCAGGCACACCUGCCAGAGGUCCAGGUCCUAGAGAAGGCCAGGCAAGAGCUGCAAGAGGAACGUGAGCAGAUGCAAGCCCAGCAACUUCUGCUGCUUGAAUCCCUGAAGCAGGAGCUGACAGAGCAGCGAGCUGCCUGCUCUGAGCAUCUGAAGGCCCUGGAGAUGCUACAGAAUGAGCAAAGGGCCGUGGACCCUUUGGGGAAGUGGCAGGCCAUCAAUCAGUGUUCAGGGGAUGGCACAGACCACACCUUUAUUACAGAGGGUGUGGAUGUUACAGGGCCUCCUGGCUCUGUGCCCUGCACUGUAGAGAAAGGGCUCCUGGAGGAGAAUGCUCAGCUCCAAGACACUAUACUACGCCUGCGCGCGGAAGUGGAACAGCACCUUCAGGAGGCGCUGCAGCUGCGUGAGCAGCACCGGUUGCUGGAGGAGAACCAGAAAGCCCAGAGAGCCAUGGAGGUGGAAGCUGUCCACCAGGAGCACCGGAAGGAGAUGCAGGCCAUGGUGGCAGACUUCAGUGGUGCCCAGGCCCGGCUCCAGGCCAGGCUGACUGCUCUGGAAGCUGAGCUGAAAGAUUCUGGAGAGAAGCCAGGGAAAGGAUCUUCACGGCCUGAGGACCUGCAGCUCAUAGGCCGCCUGCAGACACGUCUGAAGGAGAGAGAGGACAUGAUCAGGCAGCUCACGGAAGAGAGAAGAUUUCACUACUCAGCGUUCCCCAGUGCAAUGUCCCAUCGGAAUCGGUCCUUCUCUUUCAAUCCUCACCCGGGAUACUUGACCCCUUCCAUGAAGAAAAAGAAGAUGGAGGAAGUGCCCAGCCGAGUGGUCAGUGUGCCAAACCUUGCAUCCUAUGCGAAGAACUUUCUGAGUGGAGAUCUGAGCUCCAGGAUCAAUGCCCCUCCCAUAACAAAAUCACCCAGCCUGGAUCCAAGCCCCAGCUGUGGCCAGCCUUACAAACCCACCCAGCUACUUGAUGGGAAAACUGCCACAAGGGCACAAGAUGGAGAGCCAAGCCAAGCCAAAGAGGCCCAGCAGAAGCAAGGCUCUGCACACCAGGAGUGGUUUACCAAGUACUUUUCAUUCUAAGCUUGUCUUUGGAAUCUGUUCCAAGGAGCUCAUUGGCAUCAUUUCAACCAUCUGAAGGAACGAAUUAGAAUCACCCAACCAGGUAACUAGCUGG